UUUUCCGGCUUAUUCUGUUCGAGAUGAACACGUAUGAGGAAUGAAACAAACUUUAGGAUAAAAUUUGAUGACACAUCCCAUAAAUUUUGGUAUUGUUUUGCCUUCCAUAUUUCCAUAUUUUUCAAGUUUUAAAAGAGCAAGAAAAUGGCAAACGCAAAAAGAAAAAGACCUGCUUCCACUAGAAAAGGUGCAGGAUCAGAAUCCUCUACACCAUCGACACAGGCACGACCACAGUCGUUGCAAUCAAAUUCCAGUUCACCUGGAGCAGCACUUCCUCCGGCAAUUACAAACGACCGACGAAGAGGUCGUAACGAUCCAUCAACACGCUUAGAUCAACAGGAAAGGUUGCGCUUACUUAUAGAAACCAUCCACAAUAACAGAAGAGGAAACCGUGGUGACGGCCAAAGCGCUAGCUCCACUGAUGGCGGUAGUCAACCCAAUUCAUCAAGCCAUGUCGCAAACAGUGACACUGAUGGUGAGAAUGUGAGGCAAACCGAAGGCGGUGAAAGCAGCAGUAGAACUGCACUAUCCAGUACGAAUAUGACCGCUGCUGAAAACUCUGCUGAUAGUGGAGACGACAGCGAACACUCUUCUAAUAAAAAAAGACCUACCGAGUACAAC